AUGCGGCUUGAUGAGGAAGCACAGAAGAGGGCAGAGGCUGAGAACAACCUGGUUAUCUUCCGCAAGGAUGUGGAUGACGCCACUCUCUCUCGCCUGGAGCUGGAGCGCAAGAUCGAGUCCCUCAUGGAUGAGAUUGAAUUCCUCAAGAAGCUGCAUGAUGAGGAGAUCCGUGAUGUCCAGGUGAGCGUGCAGACCCAGCAGCUGCAGGUGGAAGUGGACGCCCCCCGUCCAGACCUCACUGCUGCCCUGCGGGACAUCCGGGUUCAGUAUGAGAGCAUCGCUGCCAAGAACAUGCAGGAGUCCGAGGAGUGGUACAAGUCCAAGUUCGCCGACCUGACGGACACGGCCAACCGCAACGGAGAAGCCCUGCGCCAGGCCAAGCAGGAUGCGAACGAGUCCCGCAGGCAGAUCCAGGCGCUGACCUGCGAGAUCGACGGGCUGAAGAGCACAAACGAGGCCCUGCUCCGGCAGAUGAGGGAGAUGGAGGACCAGUUUUCGGUGGAGGCCGCCGGCUACCAGGACAACAUCGGCCGGCUGGAGGAGGAGAUCCGCCACCUGAAGGACGAGAUGUCGCGCCACCUGCGAGAGUACCAGGACCUGCUCAACGUCAAGAUGGCGCUGGACAUCGAGAUCGCCACCUACAGGAAGCUGCUGGAGGGCGAGGAGAGCCGGAUUACUGUUCCUGUGCACAACCUGUCCAGCCUGAGUAUCCGCAGCACCGGGUUCUGCCUGGCGGUUGGAGAUGGGCAGAGCCUGAUCCGCUCUCUGCUGCGGUCUGGCUCAGAGGGAGGCAUGACACUGGACUCCACUGCCAAUGCAGAGCUCCUGUGA